GGAGAUUCUUUCAGAAGUUGACUUCGAAGUUCCCGCUGGUGCACGUGCUGUGGUAGUUGGGCCAAAUGGAUGUGGGAAGACAACUUUGUUAACCACCAUUGCCACGCGAGACAGUGUCGAAGGCGGCUUUUUGAAUGUGAAUGCUGCAUCCAUUGCUUGGCUUCAACAAGAAGCUAUAAGUGGAUCCAAGAAGACCGUGUUUGAUGAAGCAACAUCGCAGAUGAAGGCAUGUGCCACCAUACAGGCCCUUGAAAAUGCACAGGCUGCGCUAGAGGCAGCAAACGAUAGUGAGGAUAUCAUGAAGCUCGUUGAGGCUUUGGAACAGGCCACUGCCGAGUUCGAGGCCGCUGGCGGAGCUGAGAUCAGACGCAAGGUGGAGGAAGUUCUCGCAGGCUUGGGCUUCUCCAAGGCAGAUUUCAGGAAACCCUGCUCAGAGCUGAGCGGAGGUUGGCAGAUGCGUGUUGCCCUGGCCAAAGUAUUGCUGCAGGAACCCCAGCUGCUCCUCUUGGAUGAGCCAACAAAUCAUAUGGAUACCUCUGCUAAAAAGUGGCUUACCUCUUACUUGGCCAGAGGUCUGUCAUCUUCAAGCACCUUGCUCCUGGUCACGCAUGACCGAACGCUUCUCGAAGGGCUUAGAUGCUCACAGGUCUUCGAGAUCUCGGAGAAGAGAGUUUUGCGCUACGACGUUUCGGGCAUUUCUGAGUGGGAGAACAAAAGGAAGACAAGAUUGGCCAAAUUGCAGAGGGAGAUGGAAAAACUUGAAAACACUAUGGCUCAUGAUGAGGCAUAUGUCAAAAGGUUUGGCGCAAAAUCCAGCCAUGCUAAGCAGGCACAAUCUCGCAUGAAGAAGCUUGCUAAAGCCCAGACACAAUUAGAAGGUCUCCGAGCAGAAACACGAGGCUUGCCUUCAAGUGCCAUUUUAGAUGGAAAGAAGAAGGAGGAAGGUGAUGAAGAUGAUCUGACUGAUGGCUUGCUGCCUUUGUCUGGUCCUGGGAAGGUGAAGUUCCAGCUACCGGAGUGGCCUUUGAGUGUCUCACCACCGCUGGAUGGGAAGCUUCUCCGGCUCAAAGACGCUGACAUUGGCUACAAAGCUGCUGAGCCUGUCCUCAGGGUGGAGGAACUGGUCCUUGCAGCGGGGCAGCGGUGUGCUUUGUUGGGACCAAAUGGAUGUGGAAAGACCACUUUGCUCCGGACUUUGGCAGGGCAAUUGGAGGUGCGCGCCGGUGCGCGGAUCCUGGGAGUUGGAGGCCUGCGCAAAGCGAGGGUGGCAUUUUUCACCCAAGACUUGGCUCAGGACCUUCCGAGUGACAUCACCCCAAUAGACCACGUGCUGGCUGAUGAUGCGCCUUACACACUAGAUGUCCAAGGGGCACGAACUGCGUUGGGUGCCCUCGGGCUCCGGGGUGCCUGCCACAAGGCCCAGAUUGGUACACUUAGUGGUGGAGAGUCUCUUGUUUGCACCCUGAUGGACUGCCGGACUUCUUGGUAGCACAGACAGCGGAAACUGUUGAAGCUGAAAUUGUAUCAAAGUUGGCAUUUGCAUCCACAACAGCCCCUUGUUAUAGUCAUGUAUAUUCAAUAGUUGACGCAUCACAAGUUGCCAUAGCCAGA